AUGAAGAGAGCUGUUACAGGAGAAAGAAAUCCGCGCGUCUCUUUCAAUGGACAAGGAUUAAUGGAACGAAAUGGCAGUAGAACUCGUCAUUCACAUGAGUUUUCCCGGGGAAGAAGACCCGCAUUUGAUAGAAAUGGGGCAGGAACACAUGUACAACGAGGAAGAGAUUCUAAUCCUCUCAAUUAUAGGGCCUUAGAAAAAGUGUGUGAUUCAAACUCUCCUGACGAGGGAAUUUUGGAUCUUUUCAACAAAUCUAAACGAUUUGAAGCUCUACUAGAGGCAGAAGAAAUACGACCCGAUCUGAUGAAGCUUGUUAUUCGAGCUAUUCACAUGUGCUGCUUACCGAAUGAUAAAAAGGAGAUUGCUAAUAAACUUCUGCGCAUGGUAAUUAAAACAAAUUUUUUACAGUUGCAUCUAACUAAGUUUAUCAGCCAGAUGUCCAAUGUCUCGGCGUUUAGUGACAAUUACCAGCCUGAUAGACUGGUCUUGCUGUUAGCAGAGGUUUUCUUGGAGUUGCUGCAGAGAUUUGAACAGGACGUAAUUCACUUCAUUCCCAGUGCCCAACUGAAUGAGACGGUGGGUAAUCUGAAGAGUAAGGGUGUCCUUGGAGACGCAGAGAGGUUAGAGAAGAAACUUCAUCAAGUCAAGGAGUACAAAGAUGACAUAAAUCGCCGCAAAACAGUUCGCCAGAAUCAAUCUCAUCGAACUCCACCCGAGGAUUUUCGAACAAUGAGCGUGGUUCCCCAAGCCGCAGAUUUAAGACCUUACAGCAAGCCUUUCCUUCGUGAAAACGUUGUAGAUGGAAAGUACUUAGACCAGGAUCAUUAUUUAGACGUGCAAUUUCGACUUUUAAGAGAAGACUUCAUCUUGCCUUUGCGCAAUGGGAUAGAACAACUUCAGAAGUCCUACAAUCCGGGAGCAGGGAACGUAAACCACAGUAAACGGGCGCGAAGCGUUCGCGUGUACCAUGACGUCACAUUAAUGUAUCCCGUAUGCAGCGGAAAGGGUAUGGUUUACAGAAUCCGGUUCAACUCGUCUCACCCGGAUGUAGUUCGCGUGAGAUGGGAGAAGAGCAAGCUUCUCAAACUGGGCUCUCUUCUUUGUCUUUCAUCAGACGAAUUUCGCACUCUUUUAUUUGCGAUCGUGGAGAAUCGAGAUUCACGCGACCUCUGUGUUGGCGAGCUUGAAGUGCGAUUUGAAGACGUUCAGUUCGAAAACCUGAAUCGGUUUAUUGAGGAAAAAAAGAAGUUUGAUAUGGUAGAAUCCCCAGCGUUCUUUCAAGCCUACAGGCAUGUUUUGGAAGGUUUGCAAGAAAUUGAGCCGGGUGGACUUCCAUUUGAAGAACACAUUGUACAAUGCAAUCAAGAUGUGGAGCCACCUGCGUAUGAAAUUAACACCGGUGGUUUGUUCGACAUGAGUGGAAUGAUAGGAGAAGGAGUGGACUCAACGGCUUCUCAACCAAGUGCCGGUGAUGACAGUAAUGAAGCUUCCGAAAAUAGCAGCCAAGUAACCAACCGACCCGCUCGUGUCGAGAAUAUUUACGACUUGGAACUCAAUCCAGAAGAUCUGGGCUUCAACGAGUCACAGAUGAGCGCAUUCAAAAUGGCACUGACCAAAAAGUUCGCCGUCAUUCAAGGACCGCCAGGGACUGGGAAGACGUACGUUGGUCACAAGAUAGCACGUGUUCUUCUACAGAGCGCCCCUAUGUGGCAGAAGGAUAGUGAACCGUCACCAAUUUUGAUGGUGUCGUACACGAACCACGCCUUAGACGAUUUCUUGGCCGGCCUACCGAUGGAAGGUAAAGUUACAAAAGGGGGGCAUCUUACAUGUGUGAGAACUUUUGGGGCUCAAAGUCACUAACAAAGGGCCAAAGACUAAAACUGAGCUUUUCUAGAAUCGUUACGUUUGCUCUGAAACACUUCUUGAGUGUUUGAGAGAACUUAGGCUACCCUUUUAACCAAUCAGAUGCAAUGCAGUGGUUUAGCAGUGUCGAUAAGAGUACACACCACACUUAACCAAAGUCGAUUUUUUUUAUCACAAUAUGGACAUCAAAACGAGUCUUUCAGUUAGUGACCAUUGCAUGUCUCGUUGGCGCGAGCGACGUUGUCUGUACUCUUUUCGACAACGGCAAAUUGGCCAAUCAGAUUACGACAUUACUGCAUACUGUGGUAAAAAAGUAAAUACCUGUGUGUAUAUAAAUGCGUUUAAUUAUAUUUUUUCUGGAAUGUAUUACCCAUAAUAGGUAUUGUGCGCGUUGGUGGACGUUGCAGUGAAAAGUUGGAGCACUGCUCCCUGAAGGCUCGGCGGAAUGAAGCUGCUGACAACAAGGAAACUCCAUAUACAAUCUACAGUGCAAGAAGAAGUGCCCAAGACGAAAUCAGAGAACUAAACAAAGAAGGAUCCCUCGAUCUUUGUGUUACUGUCCUAAAAUUUUCCAGAAGAAGGAUUCUCACCUUUCAAAUUUUAAUGAAAUUCAUGAUGGUUCGUCAUGUCAAAUGGUUCAACAAAUUUCCACACAGCAACGAUUAUUUGUUAUGUGAAUGGUUGGGGCUGCACUUCGUUGCUAAGCGAAAUGAUACCAAGAACAGUGACUAUGAAGCAAAAAUGGAGAAAGUUUUUCAGACGCAGGAGUCAGCUCGGAACUUCGAAGAUAACGAGGAGGAAAGAGAAAUCCAACCUUCAGAUGUAACUAUCAGUACAACUGAAGACAUCCAAAAACCGGUUUUCCUUCGUAACCAUCUUCUUCGAGAGGAAGUCAUUAGUGGGCAGAAAAGUAAUAUUUUCAACUUGUUGAAAUUGUCGCUACCCGAACGAUGGAAUCUGUACAGAUUGUGGCUUCAGAAAGCAGAGAAAUACUACAUGAGGAAACUUCAGAGCAAACAGCCAGAUUACGAAAGAGCAUUGGCGCGUAAGUUUGAAGUGAUGCAAGAAGAAGACUUUCAUGUUCUCCAAAGUGCGAAGAUCAUUGGAAUGACCACCACUUGUGCCGCCAAAUACCGCCGUAUACUCCAGCGGAUACGCCCUAAAAUUGUACUUGUUGAAGAAGCCGCUGAAGUAAUGGAGGCCCACAUAAUUACGUCACUGACCAAAGACUGUCAACACCUGAUUUUGAUUGGUGAUCACAAGCAACUCAGACCUAAACCGGAAGUGUAUGUCUUAGCCAAGAAGUACCAUCUGGAUGUGUCCCUGUUUGAGAGAAUGGUGAAUGUGGGACUUCAGUGUGAGACCCUCAACGUACAACAUCGUAUGAGACCUGAAAUUGCCGCCUUGAUGAAACACAUUUAUGACGAUCUUGAGAAUCACAAGACAGUGGAGAAAUAUAAAGAUAUCAGAGGAAUGAAGAAGAACAUGUUCUUUAUCAACCACAGUCAUUUAGAGAAUCCCUGCGAAGAUUCGUACAGCCACGUGAAUGAUCACGAAGCUAAGUUUGUGGUGGCCUUGUGUCGGUAUCUGUUACAACAAGGUUAUAAAGCCCAUCAAAUUACCCUUCUGACAACCUACACAGGACAAAUGUUCGCCAUCAGAGACUGCGUCCAAGUGAGACAAAGGGACGACCUCAGCCAAGUGCGUCUUACAACAGUUGACAACUUUCAAGGUGAAGAAAAUGACAUCAUUCUUCUAUCGCUCGUGCGCAGUAACGAAGAAGACGAGGCUGGGUUCAUCAAGAUGGAAAACCGUGCAUGCGUGGCGCUUUCUCGUGCUAAAGAGGGCUUUUACUGUAUUGGAAACUUCACCCUUCUCUGCAAACACAGUGAAGUCUGGAACAAAAUUGUCGACGAUUUAAAAGCAAGUAGUAGCUUUGGAGAGUCUUUAACUCUCAUCUGUCAAAGCCACAAUGAAGAGAUCACAGCAGAAACAGCCGAAGAUUUCGAAGGAAAAGCUCCUGAAGGGGGAUGUCAGCGUCCCUGUGAAGUGCGCCUGAAAUGCGGGCAUGCAUGCAAACGGUCAUGUCACCCAAAUGAUGUCGAUCACUUGGAAUAUCGGUGCGGAGAGCCGUGCGUUAAGAAAAUCGUUGGCUGUGACCACACGUGUUCAAAGCUUUGCUGGCAGAAAUGCGACACAUACUGUCAAGUGGUGGUGGAGAAGGCUUUACCAUCCUGCGGGCAUAAGACAACCGUGAAAUGCGGAGAUGAUUUGAAGAAGGUCCAGUGCCGAGUGACGUGCGAUAAAAAGCUACCCUGUUUCCACCGCUGUCAGAGCUACUGUAGUCAACCUUGCACAAGAAAAUGCCAAGAGCUUGUCAAGAGAAAAGAUUGGCCUUGUGGUCAUGAAGUUGAGAUUGCUUGCUCGGCAACUCCGGCAGAUUGCCCAGUCCUUUGUGGUGCCACUUUGGAAUGUGGUCACCCGUGCCCCGGGAAGUGUGGCGAGUGUCGCAUGGGUCGAGUUCAUAAGCGCUGCAAACUGAAGUGUAGCCGUGUAUUGGUCUGCUCUCAUGUCUGCAAGGCAGGGUGCACAAGCUCUUGCCCGCCUUGCACGGUAUCUUGCGAAAACCGUUGCGUGCAUUCGAAAUGUGAUUUCCAGUGUGGGGAGGCUUGCAAGCCUUGCGCUGAAAAGUGCAAGUGGGAAUGUUUUCAUUUCAAGUGUAGCAAGUUGUGUGGUGAAUUGUGCGAUCGCCCAAGAUGUGACAGGCCCUGCAAGAAGUUCCUCAAAUGUGAAAAGAAGGGUCGUCGCCAUCGUUGUCGAGGUUUGUGUGGAGAGCAAUGUAUUUGUGCUGUGUGCAUGAAGAACGAUGGCGACCCGAUCACCCAAAUUUUUUUAGGUAGAGAAGACGAAUCUGGUGCACGUUUUAUUCAGCUUCCGGACUGCAAACACAUCUUCGCAGUAAAAGAUCUUGAUUAGUAAGUAUGAACAAUUUGUUAGCUUUUUGCCAAAAAUGCUGCAUUAUGACUUGGUAAGCCCCAUUAAGCUUUGACAACAUUAUGGGAUUUUGUUUUGGAACAAACCGGUGCUAUUCUUGUCGAAACUGUUAUGCUAAGCCCUGGAUCUAUGACUGAAUUAAAUUGAUGAGGAUUAGUGGGCUAUAGUUCGGCGGCUCCCAUUGAGUCUUUGAGAAACAGUAAAAGGAGGUCCGUAGUUCGGGUAGAAGUAAUUGUAAAGCAAGACAGUAUAGGAAUGAUUGAACCUCUUAUUUGAAAAUUAUCUAUUUUACUUUCCUUAACCCUAGAACUUAACUAUAUCUUUGUCUUGGAUCAAAAUGUUUCGUUAAAUGUGAAAGUUAUACAGACUGGUUCGUUAAAUAGAUGUUGAAUUGAGUGGGUAGCAGAAACAGGCCGUUUCCUCAUUACGAACUAGCACAACUACCUCUCAGCUCAGAUGUCGAUAGGUAAAUAAGAGUAUAAAGUUUAAAUUUGUUUAUCGAGCUUUGAUUAUAACGAUUCCGAACAAGCAAGAUUAGAUAAUAAUGAUAUUUUUACCGUAAUUUUUUGUAGCUACAUGGACAUGCCCAUUAACAGCGAAGAUAAUCGUCACAUGAUUCAACUGAAAACUUGUCCUCGUUGCAAGACUGCUAUCCGAAGGAGCCAGCGAUACGGUAAUGUUAUUAAACAGCAGCUGCUCGACAUUGUGAAAGUGAAGGCCAAGGUCAACGGGAAUCAGGAUGAGAUCGAAACCACGAGAGAAGAUUUGAAAGAACGUUUGCGAGUUUUACGGCCGAAAUUUGCAGCUGAGGAGGAGCGGAGCGUAUUGAUGAAACGUGUCAACAAAAUAUCCAACUCAGUAGUGGCAGUUGUAGUCACAAACCAGGUGAUGCUGAUGGAGCGAUUUCUCCCGAUAGACCGGAAGCUUAAAGCAAAGCUUCCCAACAACAGGAGUCAAUCAGAAGGUAUGUUUACAAGCGUGUUUUUUCGUUUGGCGCGUUUUGAAUCCUUGUAUUUAAAAAAUGUCUGAGAGACAGGCCUCUGUUGUGGCCAAUUAAGUUGCUGAAACCAAAUGUCUUGCAAUACCCCACCCCCCCUCCCAACGGACUGACUACCUCGCUGACUGUAACACAUCCUCUCUCAAGUAAAGGUGAAGGUUUUGAACUUUAAGCUUGAGUUAAUGUUAAGAUGUAUAAGGAAACUGGGGUGGAUAUAAGGGGGGGGGGGGGAGGGAGGGGGCGGGGGUUUUCUUUUGACGGCGAAGGGAUUGACUCGGUUUAUCGAUUAUCCUACUCUGAUUAAAGAAAAAGAUGGAAGUAAACCCUUUUUGCAUUAUUUGGUUGCUAGGUUUGACUCUCCAGGAGGAGUUGGAGUAUUUAAAAACACGUGCAAUAUCUGGAACAGUCUCGGAGAGAGAGCUGUGCGACAUAAACUUGGAAUUUACAAGGAUUAAUCUGCGAUUCGAACUGUGUCUGCUGAAACACAACAUUACAGAACUCAACUUGACGCUGAUGGAAUCGCAUGGUAACCUUUUGAGAGAUGUGCAGGAUGAGCUGUCCAGCGGUAAACUUAUACAAACCGAGAGGCUUGACGAACUACUAGAGAUGUUAUCGGGAAUUAGGUGGGUAUCAGAUGAUAACUUUCGUUUUAAGACAAUCAUAUCAGAUACAACGUGACCUUCUCCCAACCCAGGAGUUUUAAAAGACACUGAAAACUAUCAGCAAAGCCCGACGAAAUGGUUGGGGUAACUGAAAUGAAGUAUCUAAAACAAAAAAGAAGUUAGAAAAUUUGCUAUUCGCUUCUGUCUGUGAAAAAUGUUAUCUAUAAUAGAUAGAUUUAGAAUCACGUUUACGAGCGAGUCAUUUGCCUUUUGCCGUUUUCGUACUUUUUUUCUAAAUCUCUCUAAUAUUAUGAGUGUCUUCACAUUUUGUUACCUUACUUGUGGGCAGCGUAAUCCCGAGUGGGAUUCCUGUGGGGGGGCGAUUUGUUUCGGCUGCCUUUUGUGAAGGAAACAAAAUCUUGAAAUUUGUGACUUCUAAGGUACAGUAAGGUCGUAAAAACUAAAACAGUAACGUCGAUGGAGAUAGUGUAAAACAAAUUAGUUUCCUCUUUGUUUAUUAUAGGAAGGAUUACCCAAGUCUUAGGCCGAUAACGCCAGAAGAGAGACAACAAAUCGUAUCUGCCAUGGGCUUUAAACAAGGUCAUUGGUUCAAAUGUCCAAACGGACAUCCCUACACUAUAGGUGAGUGUGGUGGUGCCAUGCAGAAAAGCACGUGCAAUGAAUGCGGAGCUGUGAUUGGUGGAGCACAUCACAGACUGGAAGACGGAAACCAAUUAGCUCCUGAGAUGGAUGGUGCGAGACACGCGGCCUGGUCAGAACAAGCGAACAUGGAAAAUUACAGGAUCGUGGAUGAGGCGUAAAAGGUUUAAAACUGAGUUUAAAAUGUAAUCGGCAGCUUAUUAAUUAUACAUUCAGUAGACUAGGCGGUGUAACAUGAGGGGCAAAGCUAAAAUAAUUGUCAUUUGUUGCUGUACGUCUCGCGUGCAUGGAGUAGGCCAAACGUCCGAGAAUUUUAUACAAGUUUGUAGAAGAUAGUUUGAUUUCCCCUGCAUAUAAAAAUACGGUGCGGGCUGUAAGUGAACCAAAACGAGCGCCACAGAACGCUGGAAAAGAAGCACUAAGCAGAAAGCGAAUGGCGCGUCGUUACGAAUGACGAACACAACAGUCAAACGUCGGGCAUGCGCGAAGGGAUCAAUUCUGGCUUGUCGCGCGCCAAAUUACCGCGCAAAAUAUCAAAGGAUAAACUUAAGAAGCAACCGCUCUCUCGCUGAAACAGUGAAAGAAAACUGAAGCGUUCAUAGAAAUCUCUAAAAAGAACCGAAAGUAGAGAAAAGGAAAAUUCAAGGCUUUGGAACACAAAACUUAUGCAAGUACGGGUAUCCUGUUAUUUUACCAUUCUGUUUUGAACUUUACCAAAAAAUUAUUAGCUUUUAAAACACCAUGACUAACUGCCUUGUGUCGCUGUUAGUCGUAACUUGCGUGAGACAACUUUGCUCUGACAGCCUGAAAGCACGUUACCUAGUCGUUGCAAUAUUCGCCCAUGCGCAGACGUUUGACGGCUUGGUUGUUGUUACGCGGCGUGUAAUGCAUUUUUUUUCGAAUCGGAAAAAUAGGGUUAGGGUUCAGCGUUUUCUUAGAGAAAAUUUCAAAAAAAAAACCCCAGCGAUUAUUAGAAGAAAAGAAUAUUCUUGGCUUUUAUUUCCUUAAAAAAUUAGAUAUUGCGUUAGAAAGAGCAUGCUAAGCGGGCUAUUGUGUGGAAGUUUCAAAGUCAGCUCUUUUCGAGAAAAUUCUCUCCGAAUAUUGAAACAAGUUGAUUUUUUCGCUGAAAAAAAUGGACCAAUUAAACUAGAUUUAGAGGAUGCUUUCAAACGCUUACCUAGGAAGUCUAAUAAAACAAAAGACUUCAUGUUCAUGGGCAUUAAUAUGUUUUGGGCCCUACUCAAAUUCAUUUUAGCCCAAGCCGCCGGGCAGGUGUGAAAAGGAUUCUAAGAAGAGCUGAAAAAUAUUCAUUCCCAAAAUAUUAACUUGAUUACUAUCAUAAUCAUUCUUAUUGUCGCUUUAGAGGGCUUUGAGAAAAUAAAAUCUGGAAAAAAAUGACAACAAAGCAGUCUCAACAAUUGCACAUGCGUGUAAAUGGGCCAAAUUCUCUUUAGACACUGGUGUCCGAUUUUGGACGCUAGUGUCCGAUUAUAGACACUAAUGUUUGGUUGUAGACAUGCACCAUUGUUUCAUUUUAGACACUAUCGUUGGAUUUUAGACACUGGUGUCUGAUUUUGGACUCUAGUGUCAGAUUUUAGACACUAGAGUACAAUUUUAGGCACUAGUGUCUGAUGUUGUCCGAUUUGGGACGCGAGUGUCUGAGCUGAGACACUGUUGUCUGAUAUCAGACACUAGUGUUCGCUUUUAGACAUUAGUAUCUAAUUUUUUUAGACAAACGUGUUCUAUUUUAGAGACUAGUUUUCGAGUUUAGACACUAGUGUUCUAUUUUAUACACCAGUGUCCAAUUUUGGACACUAGGGUCCAAUUUUAGACACUUGUGUCUGAUUUUGGACUGUGGUGUCCGAUGUUGUUCGAUUUUAGACAAUAAUAAUUCCGCGAAGUAAACUGCCACAAAGACCUAGUAGUACCAGUCACGUUCGAUUUUGUUGCGUGACAUCUCCUAUCAAUCACGAAUAUGUCUUGUCUCGAAAUCAGAAUAUUUUGCGAAAUAGUAUUAGCUUGUGGUGAAAAGUGAUCCUUGUUUUCCCACCUCUAUAAUCCUUUUGUUCUCGCAAGAAGUGAUUCUGAUUACUUCUAAGGAGAUCCAGGUAAUGAAAAUUAAAUUUAACGGCGCAUGCAGAAUACCUACGGCCAACUUGCGCAUAAACUACUUGACCUAGAGAUGAAACAUGGUUGUGAACUUAUAAUUAUUGGUCUUGUAGCAAUGUAAGGUUUCUCUUAUCUCCAGCAAAUCACAAUCAUCCAUCCAACCCACAGACUAAUAAUCGCAAGUAAAAUCUACAAAAUAGCACAAAAUAGUAUCCUGCGCUUAUUAAAUUGCUGUUUGCAAAAUUCGUCAAUUUAGACACUGCAAUCCAAAUCGCUCUUCCCCCUGCACAAGCCAGAUUCCACUACUCUCCGUUACUAUGUCACGUUUCACCUCGCAGUUGCUCAAUACAUAUUUGCACCGUAACAUGAUGAUCUUCGUUUACAGAGUUUACUCGCACUUGCAUCUGAUAACAAACCUUUAGGUUUCCUGCCUCGGAACGGAAAUACCUCUGAACGCAUUUUAUGUGACUGAAGUUUGUUUUUGACUGAUUGAUAUUAAAGACAUGUGGCAAUAAAUUCCACAAAUUUUCUUCAGUCAUGAAAGCACAUGAUUAUUUUCGUCCGCUUCUCAUCGAUCCAGCCGCCAAUGUUUACACGGUUCUUGUUUUACAUCAGAUAAAAAAAAAAUCAAAGCGAUUAACAAUAUUAGCUUUGUGCCUGAACUCGAUAAAUGUUUGUUCACUUGGAAGGUGAUAUUUCAAGCAACGAUGCUUGAAAAUAUGACAUAAACUCUAAAAAAGCCUCUCGAUCGUUUUAUGCGCGGUUACUACUCCAAUUUGGUUUCGCGCUCGGGAUAGUUCGGGACAACUCAUUACCACAGUGAUUACAUCUAAUUGAGUGAGUGAGCCAGUGACUCAUUUGCUCAUCGGAGUCCCAACAGAGACUCGUUUGCACGAGUCAAAAACUGAUGCUUCGGAGAGUCGUGAAAAAGUCACGCUAGAUCCUUUCACAGCUGAUUCAUCGUGUUUUUUAUUGUUGUUGUAUAGACACUACUAACGAGUAAAAUCCUCUCUUCCCACAUAUAACUCUUAGUGUAAUGAUUCUAACUGAAGUUGAAAUUCGAUUCGUUUGCGUGUCAACUCUGAACAUUCAACCAAUCACGAGGAAGAUGCUUUUCUCGGAAUUGAUAUGAUGCCUCGAAGAAGCUUCCGCGAAAGGUAAACACUAAAUAAUGUGUUAAUUUUGUAUGUCUGUUACGGAGGAAGUUCUUUUCAACAGCUCUUAACAAGGUCAAGGUAUGUAGAAAUAGUAUUUAUGUAUGCGGAAAAUUGAUUGUAGUGCGGUGUAGAAAACAACUGGUGCAGCAAAGUUACAGUUUAGCGCAGAGGAGCCUUGAAAUUACAUCGUGCAGUUACGUUGGAUAACAUUGAUUUUAUCCACUGGAAAACCUGCACGUUUUUGGCAGUGUUUAGAGCUGUAGUCUAAACAUAGAGAUCUAGCUAACUGAAAAUCGAAAAGCAGUUUCCUGUUCAUGUAACUGUAUGACAAAUAUAUAAUGCUUACAAGCUUGAAAUGAGGAUGAUUUGUUCAAGAAUUAUGUAAGAGUGAAUUGAUCGAGUACCAAAGGUUUACAUUUGUUACCAUUAACAUCGGCUGUGCAGAUUUAAAUAAAGGCAUUUGAGGCUGAUAACGAGCAACUAGUUUGUUGCUUAGCUGUGAUGUAGCCCUAGUGAUCUAUGAAGAGAGAUUUUCGGUCAAAUAUGCGUUAUCAGCAGCGAGAGUUUCAUUGGUAUGGGAAGCCAUUUUUGCCCUCGUACAUUACGCAUAUUUUCUUCGCUGAGGUAACUAAACCUAGCUUUUAGAAAACCGAUUUAAUGCUCAAGGGAAGGAGAGUUAGAUAAUGUUAACAUAAUGUCGUUGGGUAAGUUAUUUUCCAUCUAAAAUUCAGAUUAUGUACGGUGUAUGGAAUGUUAGAAAGGAGAGCUUUCUGCGGGUAAACAAAAGCGAAGAAAUCAUGUUUUCAAGGUUUUAUGUUGUUUUCAAUAAUUAUCGAAGGUCAAUGUGCGUUGUGGUGAAUGCCGAAACGUUUCCUUUGAGAAUUUCACAUUUCGUCAUUUCAAAUUUUUCUGCAUAUCUUCCACGAACAGUUUUGGCAAUUUCUUCCAUGGUAAUGCUAAUAUUUGAAACUGAAAUCAUUUUGUCGACAGUGACGUUUAAACAAAGUCGGCCAACAAUGAACCAAGACAUCGCUCACGAUAGAAAAUAUUCAUAUGACUAGAAACUGCUGCAUGUAAUAUGGGGCGAAAUCGCAAGAGACGAUACAGUGAAGCUGCUACUUUUGGCAGAACAAACCGAACGUCCGAUUUUGAGGAAGGAAGGCGACGUAGUGAGAGCGAUAAAUGGUCAUAUGACUCACGAGCUUUCUCGCCUAAACGACGACGCCUAACAGAUACGAGGGGAGGGGAGAGUCAGGAGGAGGCGGUACCUUUAGGAUACAAGGCCUUGGAGGAAAUAUGGAAAGCAGAUUCAGAUGAAAAUAGGAUAUUGGAACUAGAACUCAGAUCUGAAAGAUUCAAAGCGUUGCUAAGUUCCAAGACAGAAAUAAAUCCAGGUGUCAUGAGGCUUACCAUCUGUGUACUCCAUCAGCUUUGUUGUUCCCGUAAUAUACUUUUAUGUCAUGUUGAAGAGUUGUUACGUUUGGUGAUAGAAAGCAAUUUCAUGUGUUCACGACUGUCUGGUUUCAUCAGCCGAAUGAUGUUUUAUGCAGAAAAAGAAUUUGAUAAGUUCCAAUCAUCUGAUCUGAUCUUCAGUUUGGCGGAAGUAUUUCUCCACUUCCUGCAGAGAUUUGGACGCGAAGUAGCUCACGAAAUUCCUGUGUUUACGCUCGAAGACACCGUGAUGCAACUAAAAGCAAAAAGGCUUUUACACGACGUAGGUACACUGGAAAAGAAAGUUUCCCAAGUCAAAGAACUACGACAAGGAGUCAUUAAUCAAGAAAUGAUGCCUAACUGGGACGAAGAAGAGGAGUUGGAAGUCGAGCCCCCGCAGAGUUUUCGAGAACUCAGUGUUUUCCCAAAAGCCUCAGAUCUUAGCAUUUCACAUAAUCCCUUUCUCCGUGUCAAUGUUGUCGACCAGCGCGGCUACAGAGAUCUGGAACAUUACUUAGAUGUUCAGUUUCGGCUUGUUCGAGAAGACUUUAUCAUACCACUGCGGGAAGCUAUCAUGGAGCUUCGGAGGGACAACGGCGGCCUAGCAGCUAGUGGCAGCAAGGACAAAGAACGCGCCAAAGACGUGUACUUCUACCGAGACGUCACUGUGUUGUAUCCCGUAUGUAAUGCAAAAGGAAAGGUCUACAGGAUCCGGUUUGACGCAUUUCACCACACUGUGAGGAAAGUCCCUUGGGACAGAUGUAAGCGUUUCAAGAAUGGUUCCCUCUUGUGUUUAGCACCGGAUGACUUUUACACGCCUUUUUUUGCCACAGUCGAGGGUCGAGAUCCCAAAGAACUUUGCCUGGGUGAGCUUGAUGUGCGAUUUGAAGGUGUGGAUCUCGAAACAUUAAAUGAAUGGAUCGAUUCCAAGACGAAAUUUGACAUGGUCGAAUCCAAAGCCUUCUUUGAAGCGUACAGAUACGUGUUAGAAGGUAUGAAAGAAAUAUAUCCUGGAGACUUGCCCUUUGAAAAGCACAUUGUGAAGUGUAAGAGUGUCAUUGGUGCUCCAGAUCACAAGCAUCAAACGAACUUCGACUACAACAUGAGUGGAAUAUUACAAGAUGAAAUAGAUGGGAGCAGUGAGUUGCGCCCGUUUGUUGAAUAUGGCAUUAUCAGAGACAGAAACUCUGGAUUUGUGCAGCACCGUCUGACUUCGAGCGAAGAUGUGCUUUACAGUGACGAAGAAGACAUGUCCACUGAUAGCCAAGAUCUUGUGAACGCUUUCGAAUUGCAUGACUACCGAGACAGCCUGGGUUUUAACGACUCACAGCUGCGAGCAUUUCAACUGGCGCUGACCAAAAAGUUUGCUGUCAUUCAAGGGCCGCCAGGGACUGGGAAGACAUAUGUGGGUUUGAAAAUUGCGCGUGUUCUUUUGGAGACAGCUUCCCUCUGGGAAGGAGAGGAUGAGCCGACACCAAUUUUAAUGGUGUCUUACACGAAUCACGCCCUGGAUCAGUUCCUGGAAGGACUUCUGCCAAUGCAAGGUAAGAUUUACCUAAUCCCACCCUUAAGGCUCUUUAAAAUUCUUAUGACACCCUUCCCCCCCCCCCCCCCCCCCCGCCUCAUUUGCAUUUAAUUAGCGGUCAAUUUUCCAUAGUCCCCCUUUACACUCUGUUAUUGACGACUGAUGACUGAUCCCCCUAAUCUUCCCCUGACCAACCACCACCCUCAGGUGAAAAAGGGACAACUGGUCCCUAAAGCGAUCUGAAAUUCUCAAUGUUGCAUUUGCCUUCCUCAUAGGGAUUGUUCGUGUCGGUGGGCGGUCUAAAAGUGAAAAACUUGAACCCAAUAUGCUCCACUUCGUUCGCGAGCAAGCUCGUGAAAACAAGGAAAUUCCUGGCAGAAUUACCAGAGCGAGAACAAAGACUAACAAGAAAAUUAGAGCGCUGAAGGAGGAUGGAACUCUAGACCUGUCAAUACUGGUGAUGAAGCUUGCAAGAAGAGGAGUCCUGUCCUUUCAUUUAAUACAUCAGUUCAUGUUGGAACGCCACGCCCGUUGGUUUGAGAGAGAAUUCGACAACCAAAAUAAACGGAACGCGAACGAAUUCUUCUGUAAAUGGCUUGAUGUAGAGAAACAAGAGGCUGCAAAAGACCUCAGGGACACAGAUACUUGUGAUUUCCAUGACGAAGAUUUUCAAAGGCAAGUUUCGUUCCGCACCUUUGCCGAUGAAGACGAUGCUCAAGAGGAAGGUGACUUACGCAUCGCAACCAAGCCCUCAGAUGUGCUGAUUUGCGAAAUCAACGACUCUAAAAGACCCUUGCGACUACAAAGAAACCUCCAAGCUGUAGAAGUUAUGCCUGAGAACGAAGAAAAGCGCGUAUUCCUCUCACAAAGGUUAUCGCAACAACAGCGCUGGAAUCUAUACAGGCUAUGGCUCCAGAGAGCUGAGAAAAACUAUUUAAAACAAAUACAAGACAAACAACCCGAAUUCGAAAAAUUCCAGGCUCGCUUGAACGAGCUGCGGGAGGAGGAGAACGCAAUUGUUCUCAAGAAUGCACGUGUCAUUGGCAUGACAACCACCUGCGCCGGCAAAAACCGCCGUAUUCUUCAGCGGAUUCGCCCCAAAAUUGUUUUAGUCGAAGAAGCCGCUGAAGUACUCGAGGCUCACAUUAUUACCUCAUUGACUCCAGGCUGUCAGCAUUUGAUUUUAAUUGGUGAUCAUCAGCAGCUAAGACCCACCCCCGCAGUCUAUGAUUUAGCCAAGAGGUUCAAGCUGGAUGUGUCCCUGUUUGAGCGAAUGGUGAAUGUUGGAAUGCAAUGCGAGAUGCUAAACGUACAGCAUCGUAUGAGACCUGAAAUCGCUGCCCUGAUGAAACACAUUUAUGACGAUCUAGAGAAUGACGAGUCGGUGGAGAAAUAUGAAGAUAUCAAAGGAAUGAAGAAGAACAUGUUCUUCAUCAGCCACAAUUACACGGAAGUGUCGUGUUAUCAGUCGCACAGUCACGUGAAUGAGCACGAAGCCAAGUUUUUGGUCGCGCUAUGUCGAUAUUUACUGCAGCAAGGAUACAAAGCCGAUCAAAUUACCCUGCUGACAACCUACAUGGGACAAAUGUUUGCCAUCAGAGAAUCUCUCAAAGCUGAAAAAGAUCAAUCCUUGAGAGGUGUCCGUGUGACAACAGUUGACAACUUUCAAGGUGAAGAAAACGACAUCAUCCUUCUGUCACUCGUGCGCAGUAACAAAGAUAAGAAAGUAGGAUUUCUGAAGAUUGUCAACCGCGCAUGCGUGGCUCUCUCUCGUGCAAAGAAAGGUUUCUACUGCAUCGGAAACUUUGACCUCCUUUCCACUCACAGUGACAUCUGGCGGAAGAUUGUAACAGAUCUCAGAGCGAAUGGAAGAAUUUGCAGCAAUUUACAGCUGGUUUGCCAGAUUCACCACACAGAAGUCCGCGUCAAACUCGCCAGCGAUUUUAAGAAAAAGGUUCCUAAUGGGGGAUGCCAGCGUGAGUGUAACGUGCGGUUGGAGUGCGGUCACACAUGUAAACAGCUCUGUCAUCCUGAUGAUGUUGAACACGAGAACUACAGAUGUAUAGAGCCAUGCCGUAAUACCAUCAACGGCUGCUCUCACAAGUGCCCCAAGCUUUGCUUCGAAGCGUGUGAAACGAAUUGUGCGGUUCUGGUGCGGAAAAUGCAACCACUUUGUGGGCACAUCAAUACCAUGAGGUGUGGUCAGGAUGAGAAAAGGGUGAAGUGCAAGGAAAACUGCGAAAAGAAGCUCCCGCAAUGUGGUCACCAGUGCCAAAACUUAUGUGGAGAACCAUGCACGAAAAACUGCAAAAAACGCGUUAAGAGACGGGAUUGGCCAUGUGGACAUGAUGUGACAGUCGCGUGUUCUGCUAAGCCCGACGAAUGCCCAGUACCCUGCUCCUCCAUAUUGGAAUGUGGGCACCAGUGUUCUGGAACCUGUGGAGAAUGUCGAAUGGGUCGAAUUCAUAAGCGGUGCAACCAAAGGUGUGAUCGUCUGUUAGUGUGUUCGCACAAGUGUAGAGAAUCUUGCAUCGCAGCGUGUCCACCGUGUUCAAGGCAAUGUGAAAACCGAUGCGUGCAUAACUACUGCGCGAGAAAGUGUGGUGAGCUGUGCGUGCCAUGCAGUGAAGAAUGCACGUGGAAAUGUCCGCAUCACAAGUGCUCUAAGCUUUGUGGAGAGUUAUGCAACAGGCCAAGGUGCAACGUACGGUGCAACAAAAUCAUCAAAUGCGGAAGACGUCGUCAUAUCUGCUACGGUUUAUGUGGAGAGCAGUGUGUUUGUGUCUCCUGUGACAAGAAUGACGGGUCUCCCAUUACUGAAAUUUUCUUUGGUGAGGAAGACCAAGACGAUGCACGUUUCAUCAAACUAUCAGACUGUAAACACAUAUUUGAAGUAACAGGACUUGACAAGUAAGUUGAUCCCAAUUUUUGUUAAAGUAUUUGAAAAUACAGCGAAAACAGUCAGCUGCUUAUUUUACUUAAGAAACUUUAGAGACCCAUAAGAUUCCAAUUGGAAUGGAGGAUGGACAGUAAUGAUAAGAAAAUGGAUUCAUUACUCAAAAUCGCCGCGUCAGCGGUGUGGUCGACUAUGACGUUAAGUAAACUUGGAAGACAAUCCACACUGAAUCUACGAAGUACUUAGUGCCACAAAUAUAUAUACCGCUGACAAAAAGCCUUAGAUGGGCUCAAAACGUUUUCAUUUUACCUGGAAAAGGAGACAAAUUUCAGGAAAUAGCACAUUCUAUAUCACACUCUUUUCUGCAGGUACAUGGACGACGAAGAAAGUGGCGCGAUUAAACUAAAGUCCUGUCCUCGCUGUCUCACCCCUAUUCUUACGAGCCUCCGAUACAGCAACGUUAUUAAACAGCAGCUAUGCGACAUAGAGAAAGUGAAGAUACGUGCCAAUGGUCAUCCGAACGAGAUGAGACUCACCAAGCAGAAAUUACAAGCACGUCUUACAGGUUUAAAACGAUUUUUGCGACGACAAGAUGGAGGAGUGGAAAAGACUGGAGAGCAGUUUGAAAGGAAUGGCCAGAGUAACAGUGGCAGUUACAGAAAACCGGGUGAUGUUUAUGGAGAAGUUUUGCGUAAUGAGACAGAAGUUGGAUCAAUGUUUUCUCUGCCAUGCACCUCGAAACUUGAGCACUGACAUCGUUAUGACAGGUAAGUACGAAAUUAUGAAGGUUUCUUAUCAACCUUUGUAUACGCCGGUGGAGUCUUACUGCUAUUGUCAUUACGGCAGAGGUUAUCAAUAGGUAUUAAAGAAGCGCAUUUUGAUCAACGUCGGUACCGGACCAACUGUCGACCUACCCUAAACUAACCCCAUUAACCCUGACUUGUUAUCAGUUGACUGUUGUUCGGCUAGGGGAGGGGUAGGUGCGUAGGUGCUCUGAUACUGACUUUGAUCUCCAGGUUCUCACAAAUCAAAUUUGACUUGACAUUGUCGAUACUUCUAUUGACUGUGGCUCUCGACCAAUCAGCACGAAGGAAUUCCAGUAGCAGUCCGUUUGAGGUCCAGCCCACUCGGACCAUCGGACUUCACUAUAGGAAAUUUUUCUGACUGUUUCUAAAACCGACGUAGCAGUGGAAAGUGCCUUAGAAAAUCUCGCAGGGAACGGAAAAUCUAUUCCCAUUAUCUAUUUGCUAAAAAAUUAUAGAUUUUUGGAGAAGAAGUUACAUCUUAAUCCCUUAGGGUCACUUGCAUUUACAUGGAAAAUUCCGGCGUUCCUGAAUGAGUUUCUUAUUUUUGUUUCCAUGAAUAGCUAUGGCAGUGCAGAAGGACUUAGAGUAUCUGAGGAAACGCUUCAUGUCUCAGGGAGUCACAGAGAGGGAACUGCAUGAUAUAAGAGUUGAAUUCAGUCGACAAAACCUCCAACUUGAGCUGUGUUUGUUGUGGCACAACGCCAGGAGCCUGGGCUUAAACCUUAAGAGGAAUUACCGUAAAACUAUGACGUCGAUACAAGAUGAACUGUCCAGCGGCAGAAUUGUGAAGGAAGAGAGACUUGAUAUGUACCUGGGAAAGUUGGGUGAUAUCAGGUGACUUAAUCUUUUUUUUAUGUGUUGAAGUGCGUGCUACUUCAUUGGAUGACUGCAAGGGUCAGGCCGGUUCAUCAGCCGGUGUACCUAGCAGUUUUGUGCGUCUUCGAAUAAGAAGUGAAUAGGAGUCGCGGAGUAGAUAGGGGAGAUUUUCUCCUCUUCAUGCUCUUGUGGCUUUGAAUCUCAGAGUACGAGUUUUCUAGUUAAGAAUAAAUGCUCUAAAAGCAAACUGAAAUCAAAACUUCCUGCCUUUUAAGCGUCAAAGUCAUAUUUUUGGUCCUGAACUCUUGUCGACUUGCUUAUAUCUAGUGUAAUUGACAAAAUGGGUGGAUAACUUUCACUGAGGAAAUUAUCAUUAUUCAUCUCUUGAGAGGGGGCUAGAGGAUUUUAGUUGUGUUACAAUCAACUUCACCUGAUCCCCCAUAAGGCUCUGUAAUAUUUUCAUAAUCCCCCUCUUUGGCAGUUAAUUAGCAGACAAUUCUCUAUAGUCCCCCCUUAUAAUCUCUUGGCGGCGACUGAUAUCCCCUCUGUUUCCCUGGAGAACCAUGUGACCCUCCAAAAUUUUCCGCCCCCCCUUCCCCUCCCCAAGGCAAUAAAUAAUGACUGAUCCCUGCGACUGUUUCUUCCAGUUACACCUCUGCCUUGCUUAGCUUCCACUUUGUCAAUUUAGUUGAUUUUCAGGUGCGCAAAUCUUUCUGUAAAGUUCUUCGUUCUUUCUUGACCUUUGCACUUCCCAGAAUACACGUCCAAUUUGUUUUACCCCGGAGUUUUCCUAGUUGUUUUCAGUAUCUCUUGAGACGUGUCGUUGUCUCAUUGAAGUGGAUGAUGUGCUGCUCCUUUUAAUUUUAGGCGCGCCCACCCAGUUCUCUCGCCGUUGACACCUGAGGAAAAAACUCAGAUCGUGGCAGCCAUGAACUUCAAAACGGGUCAUUGGUUCAAAUGUCCCAAUGGACACGCCUACGUCGUUGGUGAGUGCGGUGGCCCCAUACACAGAACCACGUGUCCUGAUUGCGGACUUGUGAUUGGUGGAUCAAAUCACAGUCUGGAGGAAGGAAACCAAUUGGCUUGGGAGAUGGAUGGUGCGAGGCGCAAGGCAUGUAAACAUUGUUAAUGAAACAUUGAAUGGUUUUACCAUGAACUUUAACUUAAGCCCACGUUUUACAUGUGUAUUUUUUUCAACUCUACUGCAGUCCUCGAGAAGGUGUAAUAUUACCUUUACUAACAAAACACAGAACCAAAAUAAUUUGUGGCGAUUUGCGCUAAGUGAGAAUUUUUUUCGCCGCGCUCCUUGUGGAGUUCCCACACUUUUUUUUCAAUUUUAUUUUCUAUUUCAUUGUUACCAGCAAUUGAAAAGGUUUUUUUUUCUCAAGUUCCAUUGCGCAUGUCAGAUUUUCUGGCGGCGUCCUCCGUUGUUUUGUCUCAUAGCUGGUUAACCUUUGCUUGCCUUUCAUAAGCAUAUGAUUUACCAGGCGAUAAUUUAAAGUUGAAGAUUAUUAACUCAACAGUAGUCUAGUUAUGAUUUAUUUUCUAAAGUAACACUCAACACAGACCAAGAGAGCAAUUUUCAAUUGAGAGUCGAAAGUAGAGCAGGAUUUCUUUGUUUUGUUUUGUUUUUUUUGCUCUGUCAUUGGUCCAGAAAACUUAUGUCACUCUCUCAACCAAUCAGAUGCAAAACUAAAACCAAUCACGACUUGGUCGCCCGCGUUUUCCCGCGCUUCAGGCAGUUUGGUUGUUUUAGCUUUGAGAUCUCAUUGGUUCUUAAAGGUAUUUUCCUUCCUUUUGAUUGGCCAUUGUGAUUACUUUGAUUUUGGAUUUAUUACACUCAAUCGAGAAACGCUCGAAACGCAAAAGGAAUCGUACAAUUGAGUGCCCCCCCCCCAUGAAUGGGGGGGGGGGGCUUGAGGUUCGUUUCUCGAAAAUACUGGUAGCUUAACUAGCGCGAAACUAUAUUCAAAAAUCCAAAUGUAUGAAGUAGAACUUAAUCAUCUCAAACAUAUCCGAUAUGUUUGGUUUCUUGAUAUUUUCAUUUCUGAAUUUUAAAACUAUGAAUACCAUGAUUUUGUUUGUUGACUCGUAAAGAAAAUAACAGCAACAAAAAAGAAAAAAACAACCCGCUUUUUGGGGGCUGGGUACUACUGAGAAACGCCUCCCCUGGUGUUACAUCGAGCAUAUACCGUGAUCAUAUUCAUUUAUUCUCUUAUUGUUUUUAUUUUUUGAUAAAAAAAAAAAAAUGAGUCGGCUUCAUUCUUAGGUAGACAGUAAUCUCGUUUUAGUCUUGAUAUGUAACAAUUUAAAUUUAUAAACUGUUUAUUAUCUCUUGGUAGCAACUGUAGUUCGUGUUAGGAUGGCUAGAUUUACCUCUGUACAGCUAUCACGUGUAUUUCUGAUUUAAAUUUUAAAGAGUUCUUACUACAAGAUAUGUAUUGCAAAGAUGAAGGUGAGCUCCAUGAUUGAAUUAGUAACAGAUCAGAGUUGGAGCAAUUUUCAAUUGGGUGUCGAAUAUAAUUGGGAUUUCAUUGCUUUUUGCCUUUUCUUGCUUUGUUAUUGGAUUAAAAUACUCGUGCUACAAUCUCAACCAAUCAGGAGCACUUCUAAAAACAGUGGUGACUUGGUCACGUGUGUUUUCCCGCGCUCGUGGGCGUUUGCUGUUUUUUACUCUAAGAUCUUAUUGGCUUUCUGAGAUAUUUCCUUCGUUGUGAUUGGUCGUUGAGGUAAAUUUGGUUUUGGUUUUACUGCUUAAUGGAAAAUUAGGAGCCAGAUGAAAGCUGUAGGUGGCAUUCUUAGAAUUGAAUGAAUUAGAAUGAGGACAGUUUGUUCGGUUUACUCGCAAGUAUAGAGGAACAGCACAAGUUAUUUCCGCUGACCCAGUUCAGUCGAGAAAGUCAACUCUGUAACGAAGUCUCCAGAAAUUAAUAGAACAUUGAUUUACCACAACGCUAUUGCAUAAGCUGAGCUAGAAACUUCUCCAUAUUCAGGAACAUUAGCGUCUAGAAUGUGCUAAAAAUAGUGUUUCAGAAAUAAGUAUGAUGUAAUCGGCUGCUAUAAAUAAGGUUCGAGAUCGUAAGGUUUUCAGAAGUUUAAGAUAAAUAAUAAAGUGUUU